CUCAUAGACUCAUACAAAAACCAUCGAAGCUUGCGCAAGCUUUUCUUCUCCAGAAACUACUCCAAUUGACUUACAGAAUUAAGCUACUGUUCACGAACAUACGUCAACAAUGGUCCUAGCGAAACCUGAGAACAAAAAUGUGCUCAGCGCAUUCAGUCUGCGGGGGAAGGUGGCUGCAGUUACAGGCGGCGCACGGGGCAUUGGACUCGAAGUCUCUCGCGGUCUUGCAGAAGCUGGCGCAGACGUCGCUUUAAUAUACAGCAGCACACGAGACGCAGAGAGUCUGGCGGCAGAAAUUGCUUCCGCGAAUAAUGUCAAAUGCGUGGCAUAUCGAUCCAACGUGACGGACGCCGGGACGAUAGAAGGCACGAUCAAGCAAAUAGCCAAGGACUUUGGGAAGCUGGACAUCAUUGUCGCAAAUGCAGGAGUCACAUCGCAUUAUCCCGCGGAAGACUACACGCCUGAGCAGUUCAGCGAGAUUAUGAAAGUCAAUCUCGACGGAGCGUUUUAUACUGCGCAGGCUGCAUCGCGGAUUUUCAAGGAGCAGGGUUAUGGAAAUGUCAUUUUUACGGCUUCUGUUAGCGCUAUCCUGGUAAAUGUCCCGCAGAAGCAAGCUGCCUACAAUGCUUCGAAAGCCGGCCUGGUCCAGCUAGCAAAAUGUCUGAGCGUGGAAUGGGUCGACUUUUGUCGCGUUAAUUGCAUUUCACCGGGAUUCAUCUCGACCGAUAUGAUCUCGGCAUUUCCGGCAGAGUGGAAGGAGAAAUGGCUUGGCAUGGUUCCGGCACAGCGAUUUUGCGACCCAUACGAGUUGAAAGGCGCCUAUGUCUUCUGCGCUUCCGACGCAUCAAGCUAUAUGACUGGAGCGCAAAUCGUCAUUGAUGGAGGGUAUACACUGCCGUGAAAUUGGCAUAUCAUGAUUGUCGAUAUGCGGAGGUAGAUAUGUACAUGAAAAGUCCGAAGAUGGAUGCCAGCAUCUAAGAGCUGAGUUUGGGAGAUCCAAUUCCAAAGCUAAAGUCCAAAAGAACACUGCUGUA